AUGCUGGAAAGUUGCAGUUCUCACUUGGCCGGCUUAAAUACCGUGAUGGGAAACACGAGGAUCAAGGUCGGUAUCGCCUUGACCAUCGCGCUGGCUCUCGGCCAUCGAUCACGGGCCGGCGUGAUAUCCCUGGACGGAGAGGAUUUCCACCAACAACAGGAUCCUGAGCAACAUGAUUCACUGGCAACCUCGUACCUCCAGUUUCACGGCCCUGUCGAGGGGCCCGUGUACGAGGUGAAAGUGCCGUACUCGGUGAAUCACGGGGACAACUCGAACGAUUUGCACGGCCACGAACAACAGGGGGAGCAACACGGCUAUUCGUUCGACUACGUGGCGCAUCCCAAGUACGAGUUCUCGUACGGCGUGGAGGAUCAUCGGACGGGCGAUUUUCAUGGGCAGAAGGAGAGGCGAGACGGGAGCAACGUGUCCGGCCAAUACAGCGUGAAGGAACCGAACGGUAGCGUUCGGGUGGUCAGUUAUCGGGCGGACAAGGAUGGAUUUCACGCCGUGGUGCACACUUCCGGGAAAAACGAGCACACGGCCGGCAUCUCCGGCCCCAGUCAAGGCCAGCCGAGAGUUCACGAUCACCAAGAUGGGGCGCAACAGGAACAACACGUCCAAGAUUACCUCUCCCCUUACUCGGCCGAGGACGGAUAUUGAUCGUUCACCGGUCGAUCGAUCGGCCAUCGUUCCGUUACCUGGUUAUAAACACCUUAUCGUUUUCCCGUUUUCUCCUCCCCAUACCAAAGGCUUCCGUUAUCGCUUAUUACCACCACAGGAAAUUGCGGUCAAGAACGUUUUAUAUUGUAAAUAUAGAAUAUGUUUUCUCAAUAAACCGCAACGAGGCAAAUAUUUUGAUA